CGCGGAGAGUCGCUGAGCCGUGCGCGCCGCAGCAGAGCCACCCAAGGGCGCCUCACUCCGCAUGACCUCUCCGCGUCUCGGAGGUGCCGCUUCGGAGCAGAGAGGAUUCUUGGCUGGCGUCGGUGAUGGUUUCACUGCUCCAAGACCAAUCUAGCAUUACCUUUUCGCCUUCGGAUUCUUUGGACAGCAACCCACGCGGCGACCGGAUGCAGACCCAUGACAACUCGGGGUCCCCCAUCCAGCAGGAGACCCCGGGCUUCUGCUGCCCGUCAUAUGAUGGCGAUGCCCGGACCGAGAGGGCACACUCGGAGUCCUCCCCGAGCUCCAGCACCUCCUCCCCGCCCCCCGAACACACCUACGGGAGGUUCUCCGCUGGCCAAGGUGCCCCAGCUCAGCAGGAAGCCUUCAAGGUCCCUUCCGGCCCUGGUGCAGAGAAGUUCAGGCGCUACAGCUACGAGGAGAGCGCGGCAGGCACCUGCGGCCGGUUCAGGAGCAACCUCCGCAACACCCCUUUCCACCCUUACAAGAGGCAGUUCCCAGAGGAGACCUUCCCAGAAGCUCAGCAGGCCCUGGCCAUGGACGGACACCUGUUCAAGGCAGCAAGCAUGGACGGCUUUGAGGAGAUGUGUGGGCCCACCAUGACCAGGCAGGCGGAGAUGUAUCUGGCACACCUUCCCAGCCUCUCCUCUGAGCCGGCCUGGUGCAACGGCCUGCAGUAUGGCAACCCCGGGCAGGAACAUCACCCCCAGGCAAUGGAAACAGAGGUCAAAAUGAAGACUCCGCCGCUGGAGGAACAGACCAGCCCCUACUGCUACCAACCUCAGGCCCCACAGAUGUAUUGCCCCUCCCACCCUUUCCACCAGUAUCCUGCGGGGAACAGCUACCCGUUCUCCUACAUCUCCACCUCGCAGUACCCCUACCAACGAAUCGCCCCACAGGGCAGCCAAGAGCUUCAGCAGCCCCUGUUCCCCAAGCCUAUCUACUCCUAUAGCAUCCUCAUAUUUAUGGCGCUCAAGAACAGCAAAACUGGGAGCCUCCCGGUCAGCGAGAUUUACAAUUUCAUGACGGAACACUUCCCUUAUUUCAAGACAGCUCCGGACGGCUGGAAGAAUUCGGUCCGCCACAACCUAUCCCUGAACAAAUGCUUUGAGAAAGUGGAGAAUAAGUCGGGCAGCUCCUCCAGGAAAGGCUGUUUGUGGGCGCUGAACCCGGCCAAGGUGGACAAGAUGCAGGAGGAGCUGCAGAAGUGGAAGAGGAAAGAUCCCAUCGCGGUCCGGAAAAGCAUGGCCAAGCCAGAGGAACUGGACAACCUGAUAGGGGACAAGACAGACAAGCUGAGGUCCACCCUUCUGACCUGUACCCCGACCAGCGGCAUGGCGAGUCCCCCCAUCUCCCGGGGGCUGCCGCUCCAGCAUCACCCCCUGUACGCCCAGAAUGGACUCCAGGGCCAAGACUCCCCACCGGGGGGCGGCCAGGCCCCUCCAGGGCGUGGGAUGAAGAUGCUGGCCGUGGCACGGGCUGCCGUACAGGAGGUGCCCAUGGCGGAAGGCGACCUCAGCCACGACGUGGACGCCUUGAACCCUUCGCUCACCGACUUUGAGCUCCAAGGAAACCUCUGGGAGGAGCUGAAGGACGACAGCCUGGCCAGCGACCCCCUGGUGCUCAUCGCCUCCUCCUCUUCCUCCUCCUCCUCCUCCUCCUCGGCGCCCGGCCCCUGCUUCUCGACUCUGUGCCAGAUGGAUGACGACAACAGCGGCAAGUUCGGUGCACAGGGUGACGCUCCGCACCACAGCUUGCCCGAGAUCCACCUCACCACCCUCUACUCUGCCUUCAUGGACCUGGAGGCGGGAUCGCCUUCCUUCCUGAAUAACUCCAGCUCCAAACCGGUGGCUCUGGUCUAGGCCGCCAGGCCAGACAGAGAGCUACGCCCGUGCCAAUGUUGGGUGUGGAACCCCAACCCAAGUCCGCCACUGACGCCCAGCAAGGAAACAAAACUCAUUGCUUCUGCACCCGGACUGCAGAAAACCAAGGUGUGCCCAAGUGCCGUGGUGCAAAUACGUAGAUAUGCACAGAACCUUAGAAUUGUAGAGUUGGGAGGGA